GCAAGGUCACCCCCGGGAGAGCAUCGCCGGGAGGGCAGCGGGGGGACCCCCCGGGGUGGGUGCCCGGCCGGGUGAGGGGUGCCGGGGGUUUACGGGGGGUCUUCCCCCCUGCCGCGGUGCUGUGCCGUGCCGUGCCGUGCCGUGCCCGGUGCACGCUGCCUCCCGGCCCCCCCCCGGGCUGCGGAGCGCCGGGGCACCGCCUGGCCGCGGGGUGCCGGCUGGCCGGGCACGGGGAUGGUGCUGUGCGCCCUGCCCCGAGCCGGGCACUGCCGCCCCCUCCCCACGCCCACGCGGGGCCGCACACGCGUGUCCGUCCGUUCGUCCCCCCCCCCCCAACCGCCUCGCCCCCUUGGCUCCGCUCCCCGCCCCCCGCGGAGCCCGCAGUGGAGCUGCUCCGCGCGGGGGGUCCUCGCCCAGCGGUGGGGGGUCCCUGCCUGCCCCGGCACCUGGCGGGACGCGGGGGACAGUGGCGGAGGGGACAGGGCUCCGGUCACCCCGGGGGGGGGAUGGGGGGCACCCGGGGGGGCGCGGAAUGGGGUACGUGGGGCUGCGUCGGUGCUGGUGCAGCCGCGCACGGUCCGGAGCCCGGUGCGCCCCGUGUGCCCGCAGCCCCGGGGCCGGGACGCGGAGGGAGGAGGGGAAGCUGCCGUGCCGGGACCCCCCCCUUCGGCGGGCCGGGGGCUGCAGGGUGGGCGUGGGGGUGCCCGUGGUGAUGGUGGCUCCUGGCAGGUGUCACGUUAGCCUGGAAGUGGCGGCUGCAGACAAAGGACCGAGCAGGGGGAGGGGAGCUGCGCCCGAGCUGGACGUGCGCUCUGCUGGGGGCCCCGGGGCGGGGGGGGGCUCCUAUGCACCCGGGGGUCCCGGCCACCACCCUCCUGCCACCACCGCAGACAUCCCCUCGCCUGGCCUCGGUGCGCCAGGCGGGCACGGUGGCACCUGGGUGGGCUGAGCGGGUACGCACCCCAACAGCAUGGGGGGGCUGCAGCCCCCGUGCUACCCACACGCAUCCUUCCUGGCUGGGCACCACGGGGACUCUGUGCCCAGUGCUCCCAGCACGGCCCCGUCUGCCGAGGGAUGCUGCAGGGCUGAGCACGGUGGGUGGCACGCUGCCGCCCUUGGGGUGCAGCCCCCGCGGGUGCAGAGGACCCCGUAUGCAGGGCGCUGUGGGCACCAGCACCCAGCCGGGCAGGGAGCGCGGCCGUCCCCACGUUGACCCACAGACGGAGGGUGGUGGGACGGUGGGUGCGCCCCGUGCCGGGUGUGCGGAGGGAAAAACGGGGAGCCGGGGGGGGUGGCGGUGCCAGUGCUGGCUCGGGGCAGUGCGGUGCAGGAGCUCGCCCACCGCUGCCGCUCGCUUGGCAGGCAGCUCACAGCCGGCCGCGGCGCGACCGAUCCCAGCCACCUGCACGGCUGCUGCUCGGCACAGACAUGGUGGGGCUGGGCCUCGGUGCUCUGGGUGCUUCUCCAGCCCGGCACGGCACGGCACGGCAUGGCAUGGCACAGCGUCCCUUCCCCAGGGAUGUGAGGCACAGGUGCAGGACAGGGGAACCCAGGUGUCCGGGCAGGGGGCCCUGCCUGCAGCCGUGGAGCGCUGUCUCCGGACCUUGCUGUGCUCCCAGUGCCUGCGGGGAUGGGCAGGAGCAGAGCCACGGGCAGCACGGUGCUGAGGUGCCAGGGCUGCACCGCUCAGCUGCUGCUCUGGUGGGUGGCAGGGACACAGGGGCAGAAUCCUGCCCUGAAGCUACCCCGGCCCAUCACUGCCUGAGGACCCUCCCCUUUCCCCUUCCCCUUCGCAUCUACAGCAGCUGGCGCUCACCCCCCCGAUUCAUCCAGGCCCUAGUGCACCCCCUGCCCCCAGGGCACACCCCCGUCACACCGACAUCCCAGGGGACACAGGGACUGGGGGCAGCUGGGGACUGGGGGCACGGCUCCUAUCAUACAUUGAGCCAGCAGUGCCGCCAGCUUCACCCGGCUUCCAGAGCCCCCCUGGCUCCACAGGGCACCCCCAGAGCACUGCACCCCCGUCCUUGCAGCCCCCCCCAGCUCGCUGCAUCCCACGGCAGGCUCAGCACCGGGCUCAGCACCGGGGCAGGCAGGAGGGCAGGGCGCCGGGCAGGGCUGGCGCGCGCGGGGCGGCCGGGAAGCUGCCGUGCCAGCUGUCAGCGCGAGCGCGGCAGACGCAGCCUGCCCAGGGCUGUUUGUUCUGGCUCGGUGCCACGUGGGGCUGGCACUACAUCAAACCUGGCGGAGCCUGGCAGGUGCUUGCAGGAGGGGACCGGGGCGCUGCCGGUGCCGCUUGGGGCUGGGCACCUUCGCAGUCACCCCUGGCACCUCGCAGCCGUGGGCGCACCCGGGGUCCGGUGUCCCCCGGGGAUGAUGGCACCGUGCGUGUCCCACCCUGCCCUGCACCCUCGGUGCCAGCACUGCUCUGGCUGUCGGCAAUAUCGCUGCUCCUGCAGGUCGAGUGUCUGCCCGCCGGCAGGAUGGGGUGGGCUGGCUCCAGACGGGGCCCCCCUCCUGGCCAGCCCUGGCUGCUCUGCAGUUGUGGUGUGCUGGAGCUGCUGGUCACAGCCGUGGGGCACGGGGCUGUGGGUGGGAUGGGGCCGGACCCCGGUGCCUGGGACCGUGGUGGGGCCAGAGGGACCUUCCCCGGCCUCCCACCUGGCUCCCUCCCGCUGCGGCCGGGCACCCAGCGCUGAGGGUGACCUUGACGCUCCUCCCGGCGGGGACAGAGUGCGGUCAGAGCGUUUGCUCUUCACUGUCAAUUAGAGGAGAGCCAGAAAAGCCACUCAGCUCCCCCGGGCCGGGUCCCAACCCCACCACAGCCUGGACCAGGGCAGCCCCCAGACACCGCAUCGCACCGGGCCCCUCUCCCCGUGCAGCGCUCCGACCGCUGCUUGUUGGGGCUGGCACGGCUUGGCACGGGUCCUGCCGGGGGGGGCUGGGGCUGGGACCGGGGGACUUGGUGGGCACCAGGGGCUGGCUGGGAGCAGAGCUCUGUGCUAUGAGGCAGCGGGGCCGAGGGAGGCUCUGGGGUGCCCUGGGUGCCCAACGCUGGCUGCAGGGGCUGGUGGCACCCGGAGCUGGUGGCACCCGGAGCUGGUCCGCAGGGAGGUGAGAGGCUGCUGCCCCCUGCUGCUUUGCUGGCACCCCGCUGUCCCUCAAACCCGGCCGUGGGGCGGCGUGGUGGAGGCGUGGGCAUGGUUGGGACCACGCACCUCGGCAGCCCCGUUGGCGGGCGCUGGGGCGGCGCGAGGGUGCAGCCCGCGGAGCUGUGCCCGCGCUGGCACAUGCUAAUUGCAUGUAAUGGGGAGAGUGUUAUCAGCUAAAAUCCGUAAUUAGGCAGUUCCAUUGUCAUGCAAACCCGCCUGACUAAUUCAUUCAUAACAACCGCACGCUUAAUCAGCGCCCAGACGCUGCCACGCGCUCGCCGGGAGCCGGGCACCCUGCGGCCCCCACGCAGGCACCGCAGCGCCACGGGACAUGGCCGUGGGGCUGGCACCCGUGGGGUGCACGCCGGGGUCUCACGUGGCCAUCCUGUGGGGUGGUGCCUGGCACUGGGACGCUGGGGCACGCUGUCAGGGCAGGGAGUGGCACCGUGCCCAUGGCACACGGCCGUGCCCUGCAGCACUCGGGGAUGUGUUGGCGCCCUGUGCCCGUUGUCCCCACUGCCCGGGGCUUGCCGCACACCAGACUGGCCCGGAGCCGGGCUGCGCUGCCCGGCCUUGGUGUCCGACCCUGCUGGCUCACUGCCCGGCUGGAGCUGGCACCGGUGCCCGGCUGGCAUCUCUGCGCGGUGCCACUUCAGCACCCGCCAAAGGGGACCCCGUGCCCGGGCUGCGUGGGGCACACGGGGCCGGCACCCCCAGGCUCUCCACGGCAGGACCGGCGUCCUCCACCCCCCAGCACCCGCCUUUUUCCCUCGUUUAGGCGGGCGCAAUCAGCAGCAAUUAUUGCUUUAAUUACCUGCUGCCGGGGCGCAGGCCGGGCGCCUGCGAAGUGCGAGGAAAUCUUUCAUUUUAAUGGAGUGCCAGGCCUGGCGCGGGCCGCGAUUUAUGGGGCUCCAGCUGGGGAUUUAAUUUGCUGGCUGCAAUGCCCGCGGUGAUGCGGGGAGGUCCCCGGGGGGGGCACAGCCGGCGGAGGCAGGGGCUGGCACCCAGGUCCCCACCCCACACGGUGCCGGGGGUGGCCGCGGGGCUGCGGGCAGGGGACAGGGGUGGCACGGCGAGCUGGCGGCACGGGGCCGGCGCUGCUGCGGCCGCCCGCGGGCAGGCUCUCCUCGCCAAGAACACGCUGACCUUCCCCGCGUCUCUUCGCAGCAGGCACCGGCGUGCAGCGCUCAGCACCGCCGGGGAGCUCGGAACCGGUGCUGAGAGCAGGAUCAGUCCGUUGAGGAGCAGCGUGGCAAGGCCAGGGGGUGGGGGGCACGGCCCCGGGGUGGGGAUGUGAUGGGUGCUUGCGGGGUCCCCUCCCCAUUGGGGCACCCCGCUGUCUCACCCUGCCCAGCACACCCGGUGUUUGGUGCUGGGGGGCUCUGGUGCUACAUGGAGGGGCCCCCAGGGGUGGCAGCACCCGGGGGGCGCAGGGAGCAGCGGGGGCUGCGCAUGGCAGGGCCGGGUGCCCACAUCCCCCUGGGAGGGCAGGGGGUGGCCAGCCCCACAGCACCCCGUCUGCACCCCGAGUUUCCCCGGCACGCUGCCCCUUUGUUAGGCCCGCCGCCGCGCUCGUUAGCCCACGUGGGUGGGGGAUAAUUGAUAAUAAAGCCCCGCUUAAUGCACUAGGUUUACCGGCGGUGAUUUAUCGGCGCUGGUAGCGCGCCGCCGUCCCAAUUACCCGCUCCGCUGCCGAGACAGCGGCUGGCCGGGGCCGUGACGAGCGGGACCAGCACCCCUCUGUCCCCCCCCCGGUCCCCGUGUCCCCCAUCCUCCCGAAGUUAGGCGGCUCCCUUUGCCAAGGUGACAUAAGCAUCUCGCCUGUUUCCAUGGCGACGCAGCGGCAGGUGAGCGGAGAGGCCGCGCGGUGUGGGAGCCCGGCACAGCGCCGCGUGGGGGGCCCGAUGGUGCCCACGCUGCACGGGGUGCCCACGGCCGGUGGGGUGCCCGCGGUCUGUGGGACGCCCGCAGUACGUGGGGGUGGCCGUGGUGUGCCUGGGGGGCACGCUGGGUUUGGGGUGGCCGUGCCGUGGGGGGCCCGUGGUGCAUUGGAGAGAGCCACGAGGUGCUUGGGGUGCCCAUGGGGUUUGGGGGCCGCACACCGUGGUCCCUCUGCUCCCUUGUCAGGGUUCCAGGCCAGCUCCGUCCCACAGCCCUGCCCGUGGCUGAACCCAUCGGUGCCUCGACCAGGUCACCCCAUGGCAGAGCCACACCGGUGCUCAGCACGGUGCUAAGCAGCAGGAUGGCAUCCCUCUGGGGGCUCCGCGGGUCGGCCUUGCGCUCGGUGCCCGUCCCACCGUGCCAAAAGGCUCCUGGCAGCCCCGUUGGGUGCAGGGCCGGGGGGGGGGCUCCUGGCCAUGCUGCACCCACCCGUGGUGCUGUCGCCCUGCACCCCUCUGCUCGGCCACGACAGGCAGUGCCCGGCUCAGCGCCCUCCGUGCUCGUUCCGCACGUGAUUAAGAGGCAGGGCCCUGGAGCGCCGCGAGCCCGUUAACCCGCGUGCCAGCCGCAGCCCGGCAGCUUUAUUGCUGUGCAGAGCAACCCGCUCAGUUCAGAAAUAAAGCCGUUGGGGCUGGGUUGCCUUCCUGCCCAUCGCAGCCCCCCCGGCACAGCGUGGGGCCCCACGUGCUGGCACCCAGGGGCACACAGGAAGGAGGCAGCAGCACGAUGGGUGCCGUGGGGUGGGCCACGGGGGCUGCAGUGUCCCGCGUCACCGCCGGCACGCGUCGGGGGGACACGCAGCCCCUGCCCGUGCCGUGACCCCCCAGGCUGCAGCUGGGGGUGGGUGUCAUUAAACCGGUGAAAUAUGAAAUGCCUGUGUAUCCCGGACAGGGGUUUUAAUUAAAUUAAUUGCUAGCGACAUUGUAAAAGUGCUGAUGGGGUAAUAACUGGCACGUUAUGGUGGCCGUUUAUCUUCGCCGCGUAAAUGAGCUGCCGCACCUUGCCCGUCCCGCUGGGCACCGCGGCCGGGCUUGCUCAGCGCCCGCACCAUGGCCCGGAGGGGCCUGAUCCAGCCGGAGGGGGGGGCAGCGAGGCACGGAGCCCCCCGGGACACUCAGCCAGGGCCCAAGGGAUGCCCGUGUCCCCCGUGUCCCCGCUGGGCAGGCGGCACUGCCCCGGGUGGGCAGGGGGAUCCCAGGGCUGGCGGCGAGUUGGGGGCACGGCGGGCGCGCAGGGGGCGGCAGGCGGUUGCCAAACGAAGGCACUUAAUUACUGCGCAUUCCAUCCCAUUUAAUUGCUUAUUAAAUCCUAACCAGCCAAUUAGCAGCAGCAAUUACAGCUUCAUUCAGUGACACAAUCGCUAUUUUAUCGUUUGUUAAUCAAAUGCUUAUUUAGGGCCCUGUUUUAUUAACUCUUUCCACAGCGGGCGCCCGCGUGGGGCGGGAGGAGCGGGGGCGCCGGCUGCGGGGGCACGCGGCCGCCUGCAGGGCUGGGGGACGCAGCCACCACCACGUGCCACGUCCCCAGCGCUGCUGUCCCCGCGGGGUCCCUGCCCUUAUGGUGGCUG